AUGACGUCAUCGCGACCGGACAACAAUCGGGUUUCGAUCGGCUGCGACUCGGACGUGUCCGGAGAGACCGACGAAGAAUGCGUUUGCGUCAAAAGCCUUCCCUACGCGGAUUGGAUACUCAAACGACCCGACGGCACUCGGUGUCCGGUACCGAGCACGGAGAUGGUGGACGGCGUGAACGCUGCGCUGAGUUGUUUGUUCGAGGCGACUAGUGGCAAACUACGACACCGGAAAUCCGGUAAGAGCACUCCACGACACUGA